AUGGCAUACCAACAAAACGGCCAGCGCCCACAGCAGUAUCCUGGCCUCCCCGCGUCUCCCGCACCGCAGUACCACCAGCGCCAACAACAAGAACAACAGCAUCAGUUUCCGCUAUCGCAUCCCCUUCAAUAUCCCGCGCACUAUGUUCCUGCGCCCCCGCUAGCCAACCAGCAGCCUCAGGUCCCAUUGCGACGGACGACGAGUUUCGACGCUGGCGAUGACCAAACUUACUUCCAUGGUCGACAGCAUGCCGGCGCAACUACGGGCUAUGUAGGGCAAGCAGACCAAGUAAGCCCUGGCAGUGGGUAUGCAGGUUAUUCGAGCGGAGGUGUGAACAGCGCCACAACAAAUAAUCUGGGAUCAGGGAGCUUACAUUUGUCUGUGACCUCACAACAAGUGAUCAGCCAGUCUUCGCAUAACUCGUCUGCGAUGGCGGGAUAUCAACAUCAUUAUCAAUCCCCACCCUCAACUUCUCCGAGCCAACCCGCCUAUAACCCCCUACAGUUCGCACAUCCCGCUCCGGCAGCUCAUUCACAACCAGGAUAUAAUCCUCAGGCGUUCGUACCCACUGGCACUGCCAAUACGCAAUACAAUAGCCAGGCCUAUCAGCAUUACAAUCCAGCUGCAUAUCAAACUCCUCCCUCAGCCACGUAUCAAACCUCCCCAACACCGUCAUGGCAGCCGGUAACACCCGCUCAGUCGUAUGGUUUCUCCCCGUCUUCGCAGUACCAAUUUUCUCAGGCUACUCCUCAGCAGCAACAUGUGCCGCUACUGCCACCUCCACCUCCACUUCCACCUCCACGAAAUCAUGAGAACGCGUAUCAGCCUGGGUAUCCGUCGCCUCAGCAUAUCGAUACCUCUCCACGUUCGCAGUACGGUUAUCCGGCCAGCACUUCUCAGCCAAUCUCGUCCGUAUCUCUCAUCACUCCUCAGUCAACUUACACUACCGCACCUCCGACAACCCAGGCUGUUUACACUACGGAUAUAUAUGCAGCCGAGGUUCCUGCACCUGCUGUUCCAGGAAGGCUCUACGCCCAGGGUUCUCAACCUCUACCAUCCUCCCCUCAUCCUCCUCCACACAAUACAUUUGUACAAGGAGCAUUCCAUCAGCCAUCCUCUCAUUCUUCUGUCGAUGAUAGAUCGCCUGCAACGUAUCAGGCUAGUGGCCUAGUUCCAACUCCCCCUGUUCACCAGACACACCAAAUUUUACCUAGGCGAACUGAUACACUGAAUCGCCACCCACAGUCUAGGCCUUUACCGGGGCCGCCAACAGAGACAGAGCAAGUGGCGACAUCUGUAGUGGACAGGCGGAAUGGACGAGGGGAUUUUGAUGUUAGUUAUGGGGAUUCUAUGAAACCAAUUGAAGGUGCAGUGAUAGAAAAUCACCCGGCAGGUGCACGACAAAGCCCCCGAACUACCACCUACCAUAAUCAACCAUGCCAAGGAACUACCGUUGACCGACCCUCACCACUCUCCGCUUCGCCGCAUCCUCAUAUAUCUCCAGACCUGCAUCACUCAUAUACGAACGGUCAUGCUCACAUUGCCAAUGUUGGACCUGGACUUAAUAUUAACUACGAUGCACAUAGUGAGGAGGACGAUGCCGAAGCUGCUGCUGGCUUGGCAGCCUUGCAAAUGGCAGAGGAGGAAGAUGUUAUUUUCAGUGCUCGCCGAACCGCAAAUUCAACAACGGCGAGUGCUCUCGGACUCGUCCAUGACCGUCUCCCUUCGACUCCCAACGCCCACGUUGAAUCGAGUAGCGAUAGUGAUUAUGCUCAUCAUGACAUGGGCCUAUACGGGGGAGGGUACGACGCUCACCUGCACUAUGGUGAUAAUAACCCCAACAUUAGCCCUGAUACUGGACAACUUGUCGCCACUUCUGGCUCGCUGCGAAGUUCAGAUAUAUCCACGGACGACUUCGGGACGAAUUCGGAUAAUUAUGAAUACCCAAGCAUGGACCAGGAUUCCAUUCACCCUUUCCCAUCCCAUAGUAGUCCGGCACGAGUGGAUGUCGUUGGUAUUGGCGGUCUCGCACAGCCCACAAUUAAUAACAGAAGGAUGAGUUUCGAAGAUGGUGAUGAGGGAGCUAUGAAUAGGCCAGGCACGCGGCCCACUUCAGGGAGCGACACUACUGAUGAAGGCGAACCCCAGGAUUUAUUCUUUCAUCCAGGAAUGUCUUCCAGGCCUCUACCUCCCGCACCUGUUCCUGUGGCAAGCAAAAAUCUUAUCCCGCAUCUGAUGCCUGCAGGUACUUAUCGGAACCGCGAACCACAUGGGCAACAAUUUAAUUCCUAUGGACAACCUCCCUAUCCCUCUCAUCCAGAAGAGUUUGUUCAACCCUCGUCGGCGGUUCCACGGUCAACUUCUCUUUCUACCCAUACGAAUAGUCCUCGCGCUGAUCCGAUCAUUAGGUCGAAAACGGAUGCGGAUAGAAUUAGGCUGAAACAGGGUACAUAUGAUUCGCCGGGCGCGACACCUGUUACGCUCGACCUGCCUACCAUACCAGCCGGAAGGCGUAAGAAAUUUAGCCCCGCGAAAUUGUCAACGGAACAAUUCCGGAAGUGCAUUGAACCGUGGGCUCUUAGUGCUGUAGUUGCGUGGAUCAAGGACUUGAGUGAAGAUGAGACUGACCUUAAGGAACAGGCCAUAGUUGACGCUGUUGUCGCACUAUUUACUCACAAGGUUCCCACCAUGAACACUAUUGAUGCGGAAGUUUUGGGCGAUAGGAUUGUGAAAAAUAUGUUAAAUGAAGGUGUGUUAAUUAAAGAUGAAGAGUGGGUUAAAUUCGGGCCUUCAACCCUCUCGGGCGUCUUCUGGCAAAUUAGUGGUCAAGGCUGCUAUUCGUCCCGACUGCAUUUACAGGAAGGUGAAUCUGUUGGCCGCUGCUACUCUCAUCAUUGUAUGCGAACUCUAAAGAAGGUUAAUCUCCAGAUGCAUGAAAUGGAACCAGAGAAAAAGGCAGAGGAUUGGGCUACAUUCUACAAAGUAGGCAAAGAAAUAUUCGAGACUCAUUCAAAAAAGGAAAUCGAUCGACAGAAUAUCCUCCAUGAGAUUGUUACGACGGAAGACGCGUAUAUUGGACAGCUGGAUGUGUUGCGAAUGUUGUAUCGUGAUCAGCUUGCAGAAUUUAACCCUCCAGUGGUUAACCCGAAGCGCAUUAAAAAGUUUUCAAACGAUGUUUUUGGAAAAGUGGAUGCUGUCAAGAAGGUCAACGAAGAUCACUUACUUGCUCAGUUGAAAUAUCGUCAAAAGGAACAAGGACCAUGGAUUGUUGGGUUCAGUGACAUAUUCCGCGAGUGGAUUCGACGAGCAAGGGCUGCUUAUAUUGAUUACGCAGCGACUUUUCCCAAUGCAAAUUAUCUUGUUCGAAGAGAGGCUGAAACAAACAUCCUGUUCAGGCAAUUCUUAAACCAGGCCCGGGAAAAUAAGCUGUCUAACCGACUAAGUUGGGACACGUUCUUGAAGGCUCCGAUCACCCGGAUCCAGCGAUAUGUCCUCCUCUUGAAUACAGUAUUAAAAAGUAUGGAAAGAGAGUGCGAAGAGAAGACCAAUUUAAUCCAGGCCAUAGAAGAAAUCAAAGCUGUUGCUGCUGAAUGCGACACAAAAGUUGGCGAUAUGGCCAAGACCGUGAACCUGAAGGAACUAGGAUUGAAGUUGCAGCUCAGGCCGGAGUUGAAAGGGGAAUUUCAACUUAACCUUGAGCAUUUGGAGAUCAUAUUCCAAGGGGAUCUCCAGCGACCGCGAACAAAGCGGUUUAAUUGGGUUGAUAUACGUGCAAUUUUGUUCGAUCGGUAUCUAAUUCUUGCAAAAAUUGUCGUCUCUCGGGAUGCGUCACGAAAAGAGUUCUAUGAUGUAUCCAAACUGCCAAUACCAAUGGACCUUCUAACCCUCGAGAGUACGAAUGAUGACCCUGUCAUGAAAUCUUCUGUUAGGGGGAUAACUGCAGUUUCGACUCCCGCCGGUAGACUAGGUUCUCCAGCGGAUCGCAAUAGCCCUGGCCCUGGGAACUUAACACAUACUGCCACGAGUUCUUCCACUGCGUCUACCAAUUCCACCGCUUCUUCCAAAACUCUUGUUCCUGUUUCCGUUCUUGACCAGAGAGAUGACAAAAUUUUAUAUCCCUUCAAAAUCAAACAUCUUGGCCAGCCAGAUGUGUACACACUUUAUGCACCCACGGCACAAAGCCGACAGGAUUGGUGCGAAAAGAUUAUUGAGGCCAAAAUAAAGCAUGCAAAGUCUCUUCAUGCUCAGAAUGCGGAGCCUUUCAAACUUCGUGUACUUUCGGACUCCGCAUUUGCAUAUCCGGACCACGCAGUUUCACCUAAGACCGCCGUAAUCACAGGCACUCCCUUGGAUCGAGCGAUACGUGAAGUUGAAGCUAGGUACCAAGGAAAUCUGUCACGGCCAUUACCAAUCUGCAGAGCUUCCGUAAAUUGUGCUACUGUGUUUCAACAACCGCAUGGAAGAUUGAUGUGUGCUGUUGGGACAGACUACGGCGUGUAUAUCUCGGAAUACGACGAUUCUAGAGGUUGGACGAAGGCAAUAUCCACAGUACGCGUAACUCAGAUGGCUGUUUUCGAGGAGUUCAACCUGUUCCUCCUUAUUGCAGACAAAUCUUUAAUCGCAUACCACCUUGACGUUGUUUGCCCACCAAGUGGGGUUCACGCACAAAGCGACUCGCAAAGGCGUGCUCCACAAAAGUUAUCAGGUAAUCGAGAAGUUGGAUUCUUUGUUGCUGGCCGCAUGAAGGACAGGGCUCUUGUGAUUUAUAAGAAACGUGAUGGGAUUACGUCCACUUUCAAGGCCCUUGAACCUGUUUUGCAAAAGUCAUCCUCAAUUCGUCCACGAUUCCUACCUACACGUCGUGGCCAAACCGAUUUUUUCCGUGACUAUGAUGAAUUUUAUAUCCCGGCAGAAAGUUAUAGCAUCAACCUUUUCCAUUCUUCACUUGCCAUUUCGACAUCCCGAGGUGUCGAGGUUCUCACUUUAGACAAAAAGCAACCAUACUCUGUCCCUUGCCUCCAAUCCAAACAGCCCGAAGCGCAGCCAAGUCUAAAUCAAAUUGGUAGCCGUAUUAGCAAUCUCCGGCCAUUAGGCAUGUUCCGCCUCAGCGAUACCGAUUUCCUCGUCGUCUUCGUUGACUGCGCCGUCUACGUUGAUAAUCACGGCGACGUCAACCGUGCAGUUAUUAUGGAAUUUCUCGGUCGCGCCAUCUCCGCCUGCCUCUGCGGAAAAUUUCUCAUUCUUGUCAACGAGGACUUUGUCGAAGUGCGCAACGCUAUGAACGGGCGACUGCGGCAGGUUAUCGCUGGCCGCAAUGUGACGCUUCUUGACGAUGGCGGAAAUGGAUCUGGUGGCAUGAGUAGCUCGUCACCAACGAAUUUUAAUGAGGCGGCCGCUGCUGUAAACCCGCUAAGCGGGCAGAAUGGCCUAGGCCUCUCAACUGGAUUUUCGACUUCUGGGCGAACGGUGAAGAUUUGCAUGCAGCACCCUGAACAUGAACGUAGUCAAAUUAUUGUGGAAUUACUCGAAAACCAUGGGUUGAAGGAGUGA